AUCAACGGCAAGUUGCAGAGGAGGAUUCGCUCCGUGAUUGGGCGGUCGGGUGUUCUGGCGCCAAGUUCGAAACGCAUAUAAAGUGGCAACUUGAGCCAGCAGCUUCUUUUACUGCCAUCGAGCUUUCAAGGGGAGUCUCUGGUUCCCGGUGCUGCGUCGUUGACCAUUCGUUCAUCCUCUACCACCGUCGGCAAUGCUCUGCGCUCGCAACCCGCUCUCCGCUCGCAACGAGCAGCAGACCCUGAAGUCCCGAUUGUCGCCGCUGAAGGAUUUGGCCUUGAGCGACAAGGAGAACACGCCUCCGUCGCUCAGCGCUACCCGGGUCCUGGCCUCCAAGACGGCGCGGAAGAUAUUUCAAGAGCCCGGUACUGAGGCGGAUGUAUCUAAAGGAGUGAAGCAGCUGCCUUCAAGUAAUGUACAAGAUGAACCUCUACUUCGGGAGAAUCCCCACCGCUUUGUCAUCUUUCCCAUUCAGUACCAUGACAUCUGGCAAAUGUACAAGAAAGCAGAGGCAUCAUUUUGGACAGCUGAAGAAGUGGAUCUCUCCAAAGAUCUUCAGCACUGGGAAUCCUUGAAGCCUGAAGAGAAGUAUUUCAUUUCGCACAUCUUGGCAUUCUUUGCUGCAAGUGAUGGCAUUGUCAAUGAAAAUUUGGUGGAGAGAUUCAGCCAAGAAGUUCAGGUCACGGAAGCUCGCUGUUUCUAUGGCUUCCAGAUUGCCAUGGAAAACAUCCAUUCAGAAAUGUAUAGUUUGCUUAUUGAUACUUAUGUCAAAGACCCCAAGGAGAGGGAAUUUCUGUUCAACGCCAUUGAAACACUGCCUUGCGUUAAAGAGAAAGCUGAUUGGGCCAUGCGUUGGAUUGGGGACAAACAAGCCGCUUAUGGAGAACGAGUUGUAGCCUUUGCUGCAGUGGAAGGAAUCUUCUUUUCUGGGUCUUUUGCAUCUAUAUUUUGGCUGAAGAAACGAGGGUUAAUGCCAGGACUCACUUUCUCCAAUGAAUUGAUUAGCAGAGAUGAGGGCUUGCACUGUGAUUUUGCUUGUCUAAUGUUCAAACACUUGGUACACAAACCAUCUGAGGAAAGAGUGAGAGAGAUCAUCACUAAUGCUGUCAGGAUAGAACAGGAAUUCUUGACGGAAGCAUUGCCUGUAAAGCUAAUUGGCAUGAAUUGCACUUUAAUGAAGCAGUAUAUUGAAUUUGUAGCAGACAGACUGAUACUGGAACUAGGUUUUAACAAGAUAUUCCAAGUUGAGAAUCCAUUUGACUUCAUGGAGAAUAUCUCACUGGAGGGUAAAACUAACUUCUUUGAAAAGCGUGUAGGAGAAUAUCAGAGGAUGGGAGUGAUGUCAAAACCCACAGAGAACUCUUUCACUCUGGAUGCAGACUUCUGAACAAACCAGGACUGUUUUUGGCUUGGUGGAAUAGCUAGCAGUUUGUGCUGUUACCUUCACAGUUCCUGCUCUUAUAAUGUGUGGUGGUACUUUAGGAAAGUUUACAUAGCAACACAUUUCUAUGUUUCCAAGGCUGGUAAAUGUAUUUUGUAUAAUGCAUGAGCUACUUGGUUUUCAGAAAUAUCAAUGCUUGUUCCGUUAUCUGGUAAUAGCUCACCAGUAGUUUGUCCAUAGCAAAGCAAGUAAUAUGGGACACUAUUAAAAACUGCAGUUUCAUGGCCUGUUGUAUGGGCUGUAGACAAACUGAAGAAGCUAUAUAACCACAUUGCCUCUUAGCAGGCCUUAAGUCUUUAUUUACUAUUUUAAUAGUUUGUACAUAAACCUGGCACUUUAAUAAUAAAGGUCUGGCCUACAAUUCCUUGGAAAGGCUGGUAACUUGUGAGUUUGGAAUAAGCUCUUUUUAGACAGCAUUUCAUCUUAAUUUCUCUAUGCUUUUAUUUUACUUGUAUGUAAAUUAAAUUGCUGAGAUGCUGAAAUGAAAUCUCUUUUGGAUGUGUAUGACUUCUGAUAAAGUGUGAGUAGACUUUGUAUAGAUGUAGAAACUUGAAUAAAACUCCAGUUUUCAAACUGCUGGAUCAAAAUAUG